AUGGCGCAGCAGGACUACAAAUUCGAAGGAUGGAUGGGUCUAGACAAGAAUGCCGCCGAUGGCAACAUGGUCUGGCAGGAGUUUGAGCCCAAGGAAUGGGAGGAAACAGAUGUCGAUAUCAAGAUCACGCACUGCGGUAUCUGCGGGUCUGAUUUACAUACUCUCCGAAGUGGCUGGAGGCCCGCUCUUUAUCCGUGCUGUGUAGGUCACGAGAUUGUUGGUACUGCCGUCCGUGUUGGAUCCAAGGCCGUCGGGGGCAUCAAAUUAGGAGACCGCGUUGGUGUCGGUGCGCAGAGCGACGCUUGUGUGGGCCGAUUCGGCGACUGCCCCGAGUGUGCAAUGGGCUGGGAGAACUACUGCUCGCACAAAUUUGUCUCUACCUACAACAGCGUCCAUUUCAAUGGGGGAAAGUCCUAUGGUGGAUAUGCCCUGUACAACCGCUGUCCUUCCCACUUUGUGGUCAAGAUCCCGGAUGCCGUACCCUCUGCUGAGGCCGCUCCAAUGCUUUGUGGUGGUGUCACGCUCUAUAGCCCAUUGAAGCAUAACAACUGUGGGCCUGGAAAGCGUGUUGGUAUUAUCGGCGUCGGAGGUCUUGGGCACUUCGGCGUGCUCUUUGCCAAGGCUCUGGGCGCUGAUAAGGUUGUUGCUAUCUCACGUAAGAACGGUAAGAGUGAGGAUGCACUGAAGAUGGGCGCUGAUCAGUAUAUUGCUACCGAUGAUGAGCCGGACUGGGCUACAAAAUACGCUCGUUCUUUGGACUUGAUUGUAUGCACCGUGUCCUCGACUAAGAUGCCCUUGGCCGAAUACGUGGGCCUGCUUGCAACGAACGGCAGCUUCGUUCAAGUUGGACUACCGGAAGACGGAGUGCUCAAUGCACCUGUGGCAAACUUAAGGCGCCGCCUUAAGAUGGAAAGCUCUCUCGUUGGAAGUCCCAAUGAAAUCAGGGAAAUGUUUGCCUUAGUUGCGGAGAAAGGCAUCAAGCCAUGGAUUGAAACGGUCCCGAUGAAGGACGCCAACAAGGCGAUUGUUGAUAUGCACGAGGGCAAAGCUCGAUACCGCUACGUGCUAGUCAACGAGGAGCAUUAG